AUGAACCCUUCUCACCAAUUUAUAGAACAUGGUAUUUCUCACCAGAAUAUAAAGAGAACUUGUUGUGCAAAUGUGCUCACUCUAGCAUACCAGAGUCUUGGAGUAGUCUAUGGUGACCUUAGCACUUCUCCUCUCUAUGUAUACAAGACCUCAUUCUCAGGGAAAUUGAGUCUCAAAGAAGACGAUGAAGAAAUUCUCGGCGUGCUUUCGUUUAUCUUCUGGACAUUUACAGUUAUCGCGCUCUUCAAAUAUGUUUUCAUUGUCAUGUCUGCUGGUGACAAUGGAGAAGGACAUGCGAAACUAAGCAUGUUGCCGAAUCAGCAACCUGCGGACCAAGAUUUAUCUGCUUAUUCGACUAAGGAUUCUGCAGAUACAUGGCAGUCUUCUCGGUUGAAGCUGUUCUUCGAAAAGCACCCGAGAUUUCAGAAAGGACUUCUCAUUUUUGUUCUCUUGGGAACGUGUAUGACGAUUGGCGAUGGUGUGAUUACUCCUGCUAUAUCAGUAUUUUCAGCAGUUUCAGGAGUUCAAGUCAAAAUCAAUCAACUUCAUGACAAUUAUGUUGCUAUCGUCUCAUGUAUCAUUUUAGUUGGCCUUUUCUCCAUUCAGCAUCAUGGAACACAUAGAGUUGCCUUCUUGUUUGCACCAGUUGUUGCAGCAUGGCUUUUGUGCAUCAGUGGUGUUGGUAUAUACAACAUUUUCCGCUGGAACAGACAAGUAUAUCGCGCACUUUCUCCCGUUUAUAUGUAUAGGUUUCUCAGAACCAAUGGCAUGGAAGGAUGGUUAUCAUUAAGUGGAGUUGUGCUUUCAAUAACAGGGGUGGAGACAAUGUAUGCUGACAUGGGUCAUUUUUCUGCACUCUCAAUCAAGAUAGCUUUCACAUGUUUUAAGAAGUUUCUACAAGGCCAUACCAGAAGCUGUAUUUUGGCCAGUUUUUAUAGUUGCAACUUUAGCUGCUGUUUCAAGAUAUAUGGACAGAUUUAUGUUCCGGAAAUCAAUUGGAUACUAAUGUGCCUUUGUUUAGCUGUCACAAUUGGCCUAAGGGACACAAACAUGAUGGGCCAUGCAUAUGGAUUGGCUAUCACCACAGUUAUGUUUGUGACAACAUGUUUGAUGACACUAGUAAUCAUAAUUGUUUGGAAACAAGGGAUAAUAAAAGCACUUUCAUGUUUGCUUUUGUUUGGAUCUAUUGAACUUCUUUACAUCUCAGCUUCUGCCUGCAAAAUCCCCCAAGGAGGAUGGAUACCGAUUUUACUAUCGAUCAUUUUCAUGGCCAUAAUGUUCACAUGGAACUACGGAACAAUGAAGAAACACCAAUUCGAUGUGGAAAACAAGGUCUCAAUGAGCAAGAUGCUAUCCUUAGGACCAUGCUUAGGCAUGGUCCGUGUCCCCGGAAUCGGAUUCAUUUUCAGUAAUCUCGCUUCCGGUAUCCCUGCCAUUUUCGGCCAUUUCAUUACAAACUUACCCGCAUUCCAUCAGGUGUUAGUUUUUAUAUGUGCUAAGUCAGUUCAAGUCCCUUAUGUUAGUGAAAACGAAAGACUAGUCAUCAGCAGGAUCGGCCCGAAGGAGUUCCACAUGUUCCGUUGCAUCGUCCGGUACGGUUACAAAGAUAUGCAACAAGAGAAUUACAAUUUUGAGAACAAAUUGGUAUCUGCAAUAAUACAGUUUAUUGAAACAGAAGAGAAUGCUGAAGAACAAACAAAUGAACUGACUAUAGAUGAUGGAAACAUAAACAUGGAAGAGUCGUAUAAAGCCGAGUCGAUGCAAAUCUUAAAAGCCAAGGAAUCAGGUGUUACUUAUAUAAUUGGACAUUCCUAUGCAGAAGCUAAAAAAUCAUCUUCUAUUUUGAAGAAAUUUGGAAUAGAUAUUGUUUAUGCUUUUCUAAGCAAAAACUGCAGAGAACCUGAUAUUAUGCUGGAUGUAGCUCAUACUUCAUUGCUUGAAGUUGGUAUGGCUUACCAUGUUUAA